AAAUUAUUCGUGUCUCUAUUAAGAAAACUUUACACAUAAUAAGAUAAAAUUCCAACCCAAAUUAAAGAAUCUCCCAAGUUGUAAAAACCAAGCCAAAUUUAGCGCGCACACAUGAGCGGUCUUCUUCCCGUGGUGGUGCUUUUGAGGGGAUAUAGUUUGUUGGUGACAUGUCUCUUUGUUUUCCUUAUUGUUUUAUUUGUCUCUUUGUUUUCUUGUCUUACACUAAAGAUAGUUGAGUUCUGGAAGAGUGUACUUUUGGAAUUGAGAUUGAAAAAAAACACAAUUUUCACACAAUUAAUUUCAAUUACAACCGUUAAUCAUAGAUCGGACGGUUCAAAUUAAUACAAUAAUAAAAAUAAUAUAAACAAUCUCGGCCACACAUUUUAGAUCAGAUGGUUCUGAUCUAAAACAAUGUGAUACCUCCUUAUUUUAAUUUCCUAAACUUUCCCUUUUACACCUUUUUUGUUUUUUAUAUUUAUAUAAUAUAAUAUAUUUGCCAUUGAAUAUAUAAUCAUUUGCUUUUGUGAUCACAAUUCAUCAAUUUUGUGAUCAAAACCAAUAUUCAUAUUCACAAGCAUGGCUACUUCUACUCAUGAAAACAAAGACAUAGAUGAACCUUUGUUAGCACCUAGUGAUAUUCCAACACCACAACUAUCAUCAUUCACUCAUUCAUUUGGUUCAAAACAUGGAACAGAUGGUGAACUUGAAAGAAUUCUCUCAGAUACAACUGUUCCUUUUGUAAAACGCUUUAAACAUGCUACAUGGGUUGAAUUUAAGUUACUUUUUUACCUUGCUGCCCCUGCUGUACUUGUGUACCUUGUCAACAAUGUUAUGUCAAUGUCCUCUCAAAUAUUUUGUGGUCAUCUUGGUAAUUUAGAACUUGCUGCUGCUUCACUUGGAAAUACUGGUAUCCAAGUCUUUGCUUAUGGCCUCAUGUUGGGCAUGGGAAGUGCAGUGGAAACACUAUGUGGACAAGCAUUUGGAGCAAAAAAAUAUGAAAUGUUAGGCAUAUAUUUACAAAGAUCAGCAGUGCUUCUCACAUUAGCCGGUUUAAUAUUAACUAUAAUAUACAUAUUUUCUGAACCAAUAUUAAUAUUUCUAGGAGAAUCACCAAACAUAGCAUCAGCAGCAUCACUUUUUGUCUAUGGAUUAAUCCCACAAAUAUUUGCCUAUGCUAUAAAUUUUCCAAUCCAAAAAUUUCUUCAAGCACAAAGCAUAGUAGCACCAAGUGCAUACAUAUCCUCAGCAACAUUAAUUAUUCACCUUAUAAUAAGUUAUAUUGUUGUGUUCCAAAUUGGGCUUGGUUUAUUAGGUGCUUCAUUGGUUUUAAGUUUUUCUUGGUGGAUAAUUGUGAUUGCACAAUUUGUUUAUAUUGUGAAGAGUGAAAAGUGUAGAGAUACUUGGAAUGGAUUUAGUUUUCAAGCUUUUUCAGGGUUGCCAGAAUUUUUUAAGUUGUCAGCUGCUUCAGCUGUUAUGUUGUGUUUGGAGACUUGGUAUUUUCAAAUCUUGGUUUUGCUUGCUGGAUUACUUCCUCAUCCUGAAUUAGCUCUUGAUUCUCUUUCUAUUUGUACUACAGUCUCUGGAUGGACGUUCAUGAUCUCAGUUGGGUUUAAUGCAGCUGCAAGUGUGAGAGUGAGCAAUGAAUUAGGGGCAGGAAAUCCAAAAUCAGCCUCAUUUUCUGUUGUGGUUGUGACAGUGAUUUCUUUCAUAAUAAGUGUUAUUAUAGCACUUGUGGUGCUUGCAUUAAGGGAUGUCAUUAGCUAUAUCUUCACAGAGGGUGAAGAAGUUGCUGCUGCUGUCUCAGAUCUCUGUCCACUUCUUGCUCUUGCCAUUGUCCUCAAUGGCAUUCAACCUGUCUUAUCUGGGGUGGCCGUUGGAUGUGGAUGGCAAGCUUUUGUUGCAUAUGUAAACGUUGGUUGUUAUUAUGGACUUGGCAUUCCUUUGGGUUCGGUUCUCGGUUUCUAUUUCAAUCUUGGUGCCAAGGGAAUAUGGUUGGGAAUGCUAGGUGGCACUGUUUUGCAAACAAUUAUUUUAUUGUGGGUCACAUUUCGAACAGAUUGGAAUAAAGAGGUUGUAGAAUCAAAUAAGAGGCUAAACAAGUGGGAGGAUAAGACUGAGCUACUCCUUAAGAAUUGAAGCUCUCAUUUCACAACAUGAAUUCGAUUUUUAUUUUUAUUUUUUAUUGUAUAUCUAAUAAAUUAAAGACAUCUUAAAAUAUAAGAAUUAUAAUUCCUCUCUACAAAUUUCAUUUUGGAUCA